AUGGCACCCAGAGUCAUCGUCGUAGGCGGCGGUUUGUCCGGACUGAGCGCUGCGCACACCAUCUAUCUCGCCGGUGGAAAUGUUGUCGUUCUUGACAAGCAAGGCUUCUUCGGAGGCAACUCGACCAAGGCCACUUCCGGCAUCAACGGUGCCUUGACAAGGACACAGGUCGACAGCAAAAUCCAAGAUAGCGUCAAGCAAUUCUACGAUGACACCCUGAAGUCUGCCAGAGACAAGGCAAGGCCGGACUUGAUCAAGGUCUUGACCUACAAGUCCGCGGCUGCCGUUGAGUGGCUGCAGGAUGUCUUCAACCUCGACCUGACUCUUGUGUCACGGUUAGGUGGUCACUCCCAGCCACGAACGCACCGAGGCCACGAUGCCAAAUUCCCUGGCAUGGCUAUCACGUACGCUCUUAUGCAAAGACUCGAGGAGCUCGCCGAGACCGAGCCUGAUCGGGUAGAAAUCAUCAAGAAGGCCCGUGUCACAAGCCUGAACAAGGACGGAAACACUGUCACUGGCGUCAAGUUCGAGGUCAACGGCGAGGAGCAGGCCUUGGACGGCCCAGUCGUGCUUGCGACCGGUGGUUACGCCGCUGAUUUCAGCGACUCGUCUCUGUUGAAGAAGCACAGGCCAGACACAUACGGCUUGGCCACCACAAACGGCGCCCACGCCACCGGCGACGGUCAGAAGAUGGUCAUGGCCAUCGGUGGAAACGGCAUCGACAUGGACAAGGUGCAGGUGCACCCUACUGGCCUCGUCGACCCCAAGGACCCCGGCUCUAAGUGGAAGUUCCUCGCUGCCGAGGCUCUUCGAGGAGAGGACCGCUUCUGUGACGAGCUGGGCCACAGAGACUACGUUUCCGGCAUGAUGUGGAAGGAGAAGGACAAGGGCAAGUUCCCCAUCCGUCUCAUCCUGAACUCCAAGGCCUCCAACGUCCUGGACUUCCACACUCGCCACUACUCUGGCCGUGGUCUGAUGAAGAAGAUGACCGGCAAGGAGCUUGCCAAGGAGAUUGGCUGCUCGCCAGACCACUUGCAAAAGACCUUCCAGACAUACAACGCCAUCGCAGACGGCAAGCAAAAGGACCCCUGGGGCAAAAAGUUCUUCCACAACGGCCCCGUAGACAUCAACGAUGACUUCCACGUUGCCCUGAUGGAGCCUGUGCUGCACUUCACCAUGGGCGGUAUUGAGAUCAACGACAAGGCCCAGGUGCUCAACUCCGAGCAGAAGCCCUUCGAUGGCCUCUUUGCAUGUGGUGAGCUGGCUGGCGGUGUCCAUGGCGCCAACAGACUGGGCGGCUCGUCUCUUCUGGGAUGUGUCGUUUACGGCCGUGUGGCUGGCGACACUGCCAGCAAUUAUCUCUUCCAGCAGGCCCUCAAGGGCGCAGCUGGUGGCCCCGCAGCGCGUCUCGGCCAGAUCUCUCUGCACUUGGACCCUGCUGCCGGCAAGGUCACUCUCGACUGGGGCUCCAGCGGUGCCUCCUCCUCUGGUGCUCUGACCUCACAACCCAGCACCUCCGCUGCGGGUCCAUCGCCUCAGGCGGAUUCAGGCAAGGCUGCUUCCAAACCCAACAACCCUAAGGAGUUCCAGAUCCCUGAGAAGGAGUUCACACUGGAGGAGGUUGCUAAGCACAACAAGAAGGACGACCUGUGGGUCGUCGUCAAGGGUGUUGUCAUGGACCUCACCAACUGGCUCGACGAGCACCCCGGUGGGCCUCAGGCCAUCAUGAACUUCAUGGGACGAGAUGCCACGGAGGAGUUUGAGAUGCUGCACGACGACGAGGUCAUCCCCAAGUACGCACCACAACAGGUCAUCGGUAGAGUGAAGGGACAGACGCCGAGCCUGGAGCUAUAA